AUGGCGUCAGAGGACGAAAAUGACGAUCAGUGCGCGGUCUGUCUGCGCCGCGGCACUCUCGUGUGUUGCGACGGCUGUCCCAAGCCAGCUACUCCGCCUGCCUCUGAAAAUGGCUCGAAGCGGCGUGCAGGUGCUUCAACAGCCAACAAGGCUGCCAAGGCUGCCAAGACGACAAGAACAGUCAAAUCCAAUCACUCUGGUCGCGCUGUGCGCCCGACGAUCAAGGCCGAGGCCGAGGAGACCCGGGCCGAGACAGUGGGACAAGCCAGCACAACACACGAAGCACAGGCAAAAUCGGACCCCGACACCUCAAGAGCCCACGCUCCAUCUGAACUAUCAACUGCUGCGGCCUCGGCACCUGCACCCGCAGCCCCAGAACUGCCUCUGGUCCCUGGCAGUUGUGCCUUUUGCGGUCAAAGCGGGGAUGUACUUGUGUGCAACACUUGCAACAAGGCUCUGCACGUUCUAUGUGCCCAAGCCGAGAAUGGGCUCGAUCUGACCGAGACGGGUGCCUGGCGUUGCCCCGAAUGUGCCAGCGAAGCUCAGGCGCUCGCCGCCCAAGCCGAGGCUGACAUGUCGCACGCACAACGCAUUGCCGCGCAACGCCGUGUGGACGUGGCUCGAAUCGCAACAGGUCGAUCCCUGAGUAACAGCGUGCGACGCAGAACACUUGAACCAGCGCCGACUGCACAGCAUGUCAAGGUCAAUGGACCCACGAGUGCGCUCUCCUCUUUCUUGCGCGAGAAGGGCAUUCGGGCGCCGCCGCGUGGAGCGCGCUUUCAGCCAGCUCAACGCAAUCCCGUCGAUCAGGAGGACGACACGGCAGAUGGAACCCAAGAAGCUGACGCCCAGGAGCCAGAAGCAAGCCAAGGGGCUGAGGAGCUCGACCCAGAGGCAGCGGUCAUCCCCACCCCCUCCGUGCUUCCGGCUGGGGCGGCUUUUCUGAUUCUUGUGCACAAACGUGUCGAACCAACUCUGAUGGCAUUCACUAGACGCGUGGAAGCGGCCUUGAGCAAGGCAGCUGCUGGGAAAUUGGCUCGCUCAGACGCCGCAGCGGAGGAUGACAUGGCUUCUAGUACAGCCUCGCUCGAGGCAAAGACGACUGUAAAUGCCAAAGACAAAGCCAAAGCCAAAGCCAAAGCCAAAGCCAAAGCCAAAGCCAAAGCCAAAGCUCAAGCGCAAAGGCGCCGCACCCGUGGGGGUGGCGAUCCAAUGUCGUCCGAUGAUGACUUUGAUGGAAGCGAUGACGAUGACGAUGACAGCGAUGGUGGACCUGACCGCACCAACAUUGGUCUCUGCGGCCGCUGUGGUUGUCGCUUGCCGCAUGGCGAGAUGCUUUGCUUAGCCUGCCGCGAUCGACAACUGCAAGGUACCGUCGCAGGCUUGACCAAAGCAGAAGCAAAACGCCAUAAAGCGCGCAGCGGGACUCUGCUGCAUGAGCUGCUGGGCGGUGACGUCGUCAGUCUCGAGGAAAUGUGUGUGCGGGUCGUUUGCAAAUACAUCGAGUACAUUGAUGAUUUUGGCGAUGUUGCGGAAAGUGUGCUGGACCGAAUCUGUCAGCUGAUGUGUCGCAACCGCCAGUUGUCACCCACGACGCUUCAGCCGCUGCUCAAACCCACGCGCGAGCAGCUGGUGCUAUAUGACGCCGCUGACAUCGACGUUGACGCGUACCGUCUCUUGUACAUGCGAUGCGCCAAUCUCACCUGCCUCGACAUCCGAUGCGCCGGCCAGCUUACGGAUGAGAUGGUCAAAAACUUUGGCGACUAUCUGCCGAAUCUAACCGAGUUGAACCUCAACGGUGCUCAUAAGGUGAGCGACGAGGCUGUUGCCCAGACCGUGGCUGCGCUUCCCCAGCUCCACACAUUCAGCUUCGGGUGGAACGCCAAAGUUGGCCCCCGUCUCGUCGAAGCCUUGGGUCGUUUGAAGCGUAAGACAAGCCUACUCUCCACAGCCGAUGGCUCGGCCGCUUCAGGAGACCAGCUUGCGCAAAUGCACUGGCUGCGCGGCACCAAGAUCUUGACGGUGCAACACCUGUCGCGCCUCCGAUUGGACUCGCUCUUGCUCCUGACGGAUACCGAUUUAGUGCAUUUGCAUUCGCUUUCUUCCCUGCGGGAGUUGGGGCUUCGCAGUUGCGAGCUUGUGACGGAUGAUGGGCUAUUGCCUUUGCUCAUGGCCGUUGGUGGCCACCUCGAAGCACUCGAUGUCUCUGGGCUCUUGCAAGUGACUGGGGGCGUUUUGCGAGCCGUAGCUGACCAUUGCCCUGUUUUGGAGACGUUGCGCAUGGCCAAACUUCACGAGGUUCUAGACGAGGACUGCCAACACUGGGCGACGACACGCGCUCAUCUGAAAGAGCUGGACAUUGGACGUUGUAUUGAGCUGGGGGACGAGGGUGUUCGACAUUUGCUGCAGGAGCCUGCGGCACUUCAAAGCCUUAACUUGCACAGUGUGGACAAAGUGACAAGUCAAACGCUGGACUUGUUGACAGCGCAUGCAAAGAAUUUGCGCAAUUUGAAUCUCUCGUACACCCGUGAGCUUCAGAUGGAUGAUGAUAAGGUCGACGCAUUGUUGCGGGCGUGCCCGCAUUUGGAGCGCCUUGAGACCGAUCCCCACGGGGAUAAAGGAUACAAGCCUGAACACUAUUCACGCUGA